UUGUUCUCAUUUCAGCUUUGGAUAGAUCACAGUCCAAGAGAGAUGGAGGUUUUAAAAAUAAUUGGAGCUUUGAUCAUGCAGAAGAAAGUGAAGGAGAUGCAGAGAAAGAUGAGGCAAAUCUGCUCAGCAUAGAUGACAGUGAUGGGCCCUUCGGUCCAAAUGAAGAAAGAAAGUCCUUUCGUUGUCGGCCUGGAGCUGUUGGCAUCAGUGGUGAUUCCAUAAAAACAUAUGCGAGGCGAGGCAAAGCUGCAAGCUUGAGACCUUUUAAAGGGAAUGCAAUUGGCCUCAACAUGAUGGGAAAUAGCAAGAAACUGAGUGAAAAUGCUCAGAAUGUGUCUUGUCCUGUAACUGUGGUACAUGGUAGACGCUUUCACCAUGCGCAUGCACAGACAACAGUAGUAAAAACAGCAGCCCAAAGCAAUCUGGACCGAAAGGAAAGAAAAGAAUAUCCUCCUCAGCUUCAGAAAGUAGAAGCAGACCACAUUAGGUUAUCACGGCCUCAAGGACUGGACAAUGUAAUGGAAAACACGGAAGAGUCAGAAUCAGAAUCUGAAUCUGAAAUUAAGAGAAAAGUGCAACAAAAGCGUCACUGCAACUCAUUUCAGUCUGACUUGUCACUAUCUUCUGCAAAAAAAGGCUUGACCCAGUUGAAGCUUUUGGAACCAAUUGAGUACUCUACUGAUUGCCCAAAUUGUGGGCGGGCAAAUGAAAACCAGACCAAAUGUCGACAUUGUGAAAAUGUUUCUCUUAAGGAUUUGCAAAGAGUCUCCAGACAAGCUGGAACAUUGAGUGAAUCUGUGGGACCUUUAUCACGUUCUUCAAUACAUCAGAACUCAGCGGGGCAAAAAUCUUCAGGUACAGGGUUCAACACAAAGAAGUUUUAUAGUUCUGCUGUUGGGAAAGGUCCAGCAGAUAUUCUACUGAGUAAUGAAGUUGUAGGACAUUCUCUGUUGCGACAGAAUGGAAAAGUUGGUCUUCUAACUGGGACAAAAAAUGCUAAAAUUACUGGAAACUUAAGACAGAGAAAUACAAGACCAUCAGAACUAAAUGAUCCAAUUGUUUUAUCUAGUGAUGAUGAUGAGGAGGAGGAUAGUGGCAGCACUAGGAGAAUGGAAAGCAUUUCACCUCGUCCUGCAGAUUCAGCCCGCUCCUCCCCAGCUCCUUCUACAGGAAAGGUGGAAGCAGCGUUAAAGGAAAACAGUUGUGGAAUAGAACAGAGAAUAGGUAGUAUUACAACAGAUACAGAAAUUGCAGUCACACUACCAAGAAAAGCAAGAAUGAAAGAUCAGUUUGGCAACAUUGUGUCUAACACUCCAAUAAAACGUCGUAAACUGAUUUCUCAAGAAAUUGUAACUGAGGCUGUGCCACCACUAAAUUAUCAAAAUUCAUGUGAAAGUGUCAUUCUGAACUGUCGAAGUAUACGAAUAGGGACCCUACGAAGAAUGGUGGUGGAACCAGUGAUUUUUUGCCUUGAUUAUAUCAAAAUACGCUUAGAAAGUCAAGAAGAAUCAGAGAGUGAUGUCCGAGAGAUAAACCUGAAAACUUCAGAACUUACCAAAUGUGAAUGGUGUAGUGUCAGAAAAUUACCAGUAGUUUUUCUACAAACUGUACCAUCAACCUGUAGUAGCCUGAGAGACCAGCUGAAAAUGAGUAAAGAUAAUGUCUGGUACGAAUGUAAAGGAGACAGUAAGUAAACCAAUUUUAAUUCACUGUAUCA